GCCCGGUGCUGCGGGUGGGGGCCCUGGGCGGCCUGAGCUGGGGGGAGCCCUGUCCGUGCCGGGCUGAUACAUCAGGUUUCCUUGCGCUGUUUCGUUUUCUUCCGUGCAAUUGCGAGCACUGACGUGUGGCCGUGAGCCAGGGAAAGCUGCCACAGAAACACAGCCCGAGCCCGCUGAGAAGGGUCAGCUGUGGGCUGCUGCCUCGGCCCUCCUCGGGCCUGGAUUGUGCCAGCGCCCAUUGCUGCCAGUGACAGCACUUGGCCCCUUUCGUUCUGUGUUUACUGUUCACUUGUGAUGUGAAAUUUCAUUGCUGCUUUCUGAUGAGGAGCAAGUGCUAGUCUUGGAGGAGCGGUUGUAUUUAUUUAUAAAGCAUGUGGUGUCUAAAGGUUUAAUCUCCAGCCGCUUCACCCACCGCUGGCAGCUGAGGACUUUAUGCAGGGUUAGAGAUGCAGAUCAGCAGCAAUCAUCUGUGCUUUUUUAAAAAGACUUGACUGGAAUUGUGAUGGCUUGGUACAGCAUGCUGCUUGGUGGAACAGUUCUGCCUGAAUUUUGAAGCCUAGAUAUGUGGGACAGUUCUACAUGGACCAUCGCCAUGGAAAGGGCAUUUGCUACUGUCCUGAUGGCUCCAAAAUCCAAGGAGCAUUCUAUCUUGGCCGUGUAGAAGGCUAUGCGACCCGGGAAUGGAAGGAUGGCAGAACAUUUCAGGGACUGUACAAAUCUGAUGAGCGAUUUGGACCAGGGGUUGAGAGCUAUCCAGAUGGCCGUCAGGACGUUGGCUUGUGGCUUGGAAAUCAUCUCAUUAAACUAUGUACUGAAGUACCUGGUUCUUUUUCUGUCUUGGAUUAUCCGGAGCACUACAGAUAUGUUGACGACAGUUCUCAAAGGAAGUAUAUUUCUGUCAAGGAGGAUCCUUUUCUCCGUAGCUACAAACAUCUUCCUUUUGAUGACAAGGAUAUUUUCCCUGAAGGUGUUCUUGCAUAUUCUCAUAACAUGGAUCAUCUUACCUUGACUCACUCUUUCCUGGAAGGUUGUGACGCUCAUUACUUCGAGAACACCACAGAGCUGCCUGAAGAAGACCCUUGGCCUGUUGCAAAUGGAACACCUUUGCUAGUUAGGAUGCAGAUGCAUGCUUAUAAACACAGGCACUGUCAAACAGAGUUCACUUCUGAUGUGAAGCUCAUUCUCAGAGGAGUCCGCAGUAAUUAUGGGCCUCCAGGUCCCAGGGAACUUACCUCAGAGCAGUUAAUUCAGAAGGCAGCAAGAGGAGAUUUUGAUGGAGUCUGUGAAGUUCUGAGGAAUGGACUGGCUCAUCCAGACGUAGCUGAUAAACAGGGAUACACUGCACUUGCUGCUGCUGCUGUUCAUUCCCACCGUGAUGUUGUGAAUCUGCUUCUUGAUAGCGGGGCUGAUGUGAAUAAGUGUAGCGAUGAAGGAUUAUCUGCUCUCUCCAUGUGCUUUAUUCUCUAUUAUCCAGAAGAAUCUUUUAAGGGUAAUAUUGCUGAGAUGAGCUUGCACAGUUACCAGUGGAACGAACGAUCAGAAUCCUCAGAAGCAGUCAGUGUGGCUGAGAGUGUAACCUCAGAGCAACAGAAGAGAUGGGAAACAAUCCAACUGCUGCUUCGACGAGGUGCAGAUCCCAAUGUCGCCUCGGUCCCAUCACACCUUCUCUUCUUUGCUGUUAAAGCUGCUGAUGCAAAGGCAGUGAAACUCCUCUUAGAAAAGGGAGCCAGGACUGAUGUGCGGCUUCCAUCCAAGUUCCGGGGUUUAUCUCCUCUCCACAUAGCUGCCUCUAUUCCUGGGGAGGAAGGAGUGCAGAUAACAGAGUACCUCCUGAGUUCUGCCCUAGAUCUUGAUGCAAGGGCAGAAGAUGGAAAUGAGGUAUAUGGUCCAGACGAGCCUCAAGACAAAGAAGCCAACAUGUCAGGUGAUGUCACUUUGCAACUGAAAAAUGAAGCAGGACCACCACAAGAGUACUUUUCCUCCUAUAAUGGUCCUGUCCCAGAAGAAGGUGGGAGGACUGCUCUGCAUAUUGCAUGCGAAAGAGAGGGUAACAGUGAGCAUGCCAGAGAUGUUAUCCGUCUCCUUUUAAUGCAUAAGGCAAAUCCAAACACGUUGUGGAGUGGCCAUUCACCACUUUCCUUAGCGAUUGCCAGUGGGAAUGACUUGGCAGUGGUUGAACUCCUCAAACGUGGGGCUGACCCAAAUCUGCCACUAAGUGGAGCAGUAAAAAGUGCCCUCUGUGCAGCUGUCAGUACUGCAUAUGAACACCAGAGAACAACAGCACAGAGGACUGCUUUGGUUGAUAAGCUGCUUGAAGCUGGCGCAGACAUCCUUGCACCAGUGACUCUUCAGGAGGGAAAGAGAAAAGCUGUGGGAACUGCUGUUGACUUUGCCUAUUAUAAAUAUUAUCAGGACAGGAGAAUUGCCAACACACCGUACCACAUGCUGUCAGCAUCUGAGCAGGAAGUUUUUCAAACACGCCAGUCGCUGCUAGAGCACAUUACAGCAAAACUCCGUGAGCAUGUCAUUCUGAAAGAGAAAGAGUGGGAUCAAGAAGAGCUGAGAAGAUCCAAGAAAUUGGAUUCAGCCAUUCAUGUAUGUGCUUCAAAGAAAAAAGAGAGGAACCAUCAUGAGGAACAGGGGAGGCUGCCCAUCUUCAAAUACUGCUAUCAGUGCGGACGUUCUGUUGGUGUCCAGCUGUCACCCUGCAAACGUUGUUAUGAGGUCUUCACCUGCAGUGAGGCUUGCAGAAGGAAAUCCUGGAAUGAACGACACAGUCUUGAGUGCUCAGGAUUGCUGGAGAAGAGUACCAUUCAGACAGUUCCAUCUGCAGGCACUGCAGGAUGCAAGAAGAACAUUGUUUGCAAAAAUGGAAGAGAAGUGGAAGAAGAAAAGAGAGGUAGAGGAAAGAGUAAGGUUAAGACUAGUGGAAGAGAGACUCACCAGAAAAAUGACUGAAUUGUUUCAAGUGCCACUUACUAUUGUGUGGCCAAGUUUUAAUGCAGUUUUCUUUCUGCAUUGUACUCCACUUCUAAUAAGAUUAAAAGUGACACAAUCUGACGAGCUUUGAGGAAAUAAAGAGAAAGCAUCUUUCCAUGAUGCCACACGA